CAGCGGAAGUUCCCUUGAGGAGGACGGCAGUCAUGGCGGAGUUCGGUUCGGGCGGUCUGCUCGCGGCUCUGCUGCUCUUCACAGCCCUCACCUUACGGGAUGUUUAUGUGGGCCGGUCGGACCACAGAACCGGCGCCUUUGCAGAAACCGAACCGGAGAGCGGGAAACCCCCAAAAGCGGCGCUGUACUCCGGCCCAGUACUCCAGUUUCGCUACUGCAUCUCCUGAGGCUACAGUAAAGUCUUCCAGGAAUACUCCCAGGCCAUCAGCCAGGUGUAUCCAGACAUCCGCAUCCAGGGGGAGAACUACCCCCCCACCCCGCUCAACAGGCUGGUCGGUAACCUGGUCUCCUACCUGAAGCUCCUCUCCAUCCUCCUCAUCAUCAGCGGUCAGAACCCUUUCCCGCUCCUCGGUACCGACACACCUGCAGUUUGGACCUGGACUCAGAACAACAAGAUCUUCUCGUGUCUGAUGGCCUUCUUCAUCAGUAACAUGAUGGAGACUCACUUCCUGUCUACGGGAGCCUUCGAAGUCACGCUGAACGACGUUCCCGUGUGGUCCAAGCUGCAGUCGGGUUAUGUUCCGAACAUCCAGGAAAUGUUCCGGAUCCUCGACACACACCUGAAGAUGAACCAGGCCGACCGCGUCACCUUCACCUCCUCUUAGAGCCGUGCCACCUUCUCCUGGAUCAUCUGACCUCUGACCUGUCUCCCAGCCGUGCUGCGUUCAGGCUCAAUGGGACAUUCAGCUGUUGGCAUUCAUGAAGGCGUGGCCUUAAAGCGGAUCUGCCGGGCUGUGCCGGAUGUCUCCGCCUCCAUGCUGACUCCCAUGAUGCACUGGCCAUCAGCUGGCGUGGAUGACGGUCACAAGACCCUUCGCGCUCUUAUGUCAUUUGUUUACGUUCUUGGUUUAUGGAUCCAGUCGGCCCGGUUCUGGUACCACUGGAUCGGUUCUUUUCUUCCAACAAUCAGCUUUUGUUUUAUUUAAAGUUUGAGCUUUUAUUGUGAAAACAGGAAGCUGGUCACAUCAACCUUAACGAUCAGCUGAUGGAUUGUUCACUCCACCUCAAAUAAAAAGUCUUAAAGGAAAA